GUCAACAAGCAGAAAAUAACUCUCAAACAAGUGGAUGAGACCGGAGAAUUGAUCCUCUACAAAGAGAAAAGUGCGGCUGAAGAAAUUAAAAAAAAAUUGAGUUUAAUUUUUCAACUAACUGGCCAAAAAGAAGAAAAAAAGUUCAUUCUUCCCAAGCCUCCCCUUAUCACUUCUUUAUUAUUAUUCGAGGCCAAAUCACAAUUAGGGUUUUCAGUGGCUCAAACCACGCAAUUAGCCCAAAAGUUAUACGAGGGGGGAGCCCACGAGUCUAUUCAUCCUACUUAUUUGGAUUACCAGCCAGAAGAAAUUAAAAGUUCCUUAACGGAGGAAGAAUAUAAAUUAUAUAAGUUGAUAUACAAUCACACUCUUGCCAGUUUAAUGAUGGCCCCGGAAGUUUAUUUUCCUAAUUAUAACGUUAAGUUAAAGAGUGAAUUAAUUGCUCUUUGGUCUCCGGCAGUGCCUGGAAUUUCCCAACUAGAAGCCUAUAAAAUUGAAGUCCAAGAAUAUCAAGAAAAUAAACCUGUUCGUUAUAACGAAGGCAGUUUGGUACAAGAAUUGGAAAAAUUGGGGAUUGGUCGCCCUUCUACUUAUAAUUUGUUCGGUCGAGUAUUGUUGAAAAGAGGCUAUGCCAAAUUGAACGAAAAAGGACAAUUUAUUCCUACUCCUUUGGGAAUUGCG